AUGUCGUGUCGAUGUCGGAAAGCGCAGGUGAUGGGUGUAGUGUUGAUGGUUGUCACUGGUGGACUGGCCAGGCCGGAGCCUCCACUGAUCGGUGCUUCUGGCCCAGUCAAUGGCGCCCUCGGUUCCGGCUACAGCUACGGACCGCCGCCACCAUCUCCGUCGAUCACCGUCAAUAGCUAUGGAUCGGCCACGUCUGAGUAUGGACCCCCGACGCAGGCACCCAUCAUCCACAAGCACGUCUACGUGCAUGUGCCACCACCGGAACCGGAGUACCAGACCACUAGGAAGCCGAUCGUGGUGCCACCACCGCAAAAGCACUACAAGAUAGUGUUCAUCAAAGCCCCGUCGCCGCCCUCGUCGGCCCCGCCCGUCUUGCCUCCGGUCCAGCAGAACGAGGAGAAAACGCUCGUGUACGUGCUGGUGAAGAAACAGGAUGAACCGGAGGAGAUCAUCGUACCGACGGUCGCGCCAACGCCUCCGUCCAAGCCGGAAGUCUACUUCAUUCGCUACAAAACGCAGCGAGCAUCUACUUCCGCCGAGCAGGGGAGUAACGGCGGUGGACCAUAUCCGGAGAGUGGCGGCCCAACGCCCUCCACCGAGUACGGUGCACCGCCAUUACCGAGCCAAAGCCCCAGCAACAGCUACGGUGUACCGCUUUAGGUACAUCCUCGGCGAGUACCUUUUCCGCAAGUACUUGCAGCUCUACCAGCUCCCGGAAGAGGCUGACGCCUGAGCCAUUCAGCCUCAGGUUUUCCUGCACCCGCAAGCCCGCCCCGGCGACGGCACUCGAUCGAUGCGCGUGUUGCUUUCGGAUGGUUGGGAUGCCCUUGCGACCU